CAUCUCAUCUUAAUUAAAACACUUUACGUAAAUUCUAUUCAGCGACUGUUUACCUUACAUCGAUAAGAUUACUCUCGACACGUGAUUUCUUAUGUUUACUGUGCAAAAAAUGUCACCUCGAUACCUAUUUUUUUUUCUAGUCAUCUAUAAUGUCUCAGGUCAAAACAAGACGGAAGUGUUGCCAAAAAUUGUAGGGGGAUACGUAGCUACUGACCAGUCCCAGUUUUCUUUUAUGGUGUCGAUCAAGCUUUAUGGCCACCAUAUCUGCGGAGGCUCUAUUAUUGACCCCUUUCAUGUUAUAACAGCCGCUCAUUGCUGCCUCAAUAACAACAAUAAUAAACCGUACCCUACUCAAAUUAUGUCAAUAGCCGCAGGAAGUUUGCUUCUGAAUAAAGCACCGAUCGUUAAACCCGUAAAUGCAGUUAUUAUUCACCCGAAAUACGACCCCAAUCUUCUAUUCAACGACAUUGCGCUAAUUAGAAUUAGAGGAAUGUUUGACUGGUGGAGUACAUCUUUGACUGCCAUUCCUAUUGCGCGUUAUGUGCCUUUGAACGGAAUUUGUUUCUCAUGUGGUUGGGGAACCACCAAAUUUAACAUAUCUGAAACCAGUAAUCAACUUCUUUACGUUCAUAUUCCAAUAUACAAAAGGGAAUAUUGUCAAAGAAUAUACUCACAAUUGCCAAUCACUGAUAAAAUGAUAUGUGCAGGAGACAAAGGAAAGGAUUCAUGUCAGGGCGACUCUGGAGGUCCACUAGUCUGCAGCGGUGUCCUUGCAGGAAUUGUUUCCUGGGGAAGUGGAUGUGGCGAUUAUCCUGGUGUAUACACCGCUGUGGCCAAAUACAGAACAUGGAUAAAUUUCAUAAUAAAUUCUUCUUCAACAUUCAAAAAUAACAUCCUGGCUGUGAUUAUUAACGUUAUAGUUGCGUUUUAUUUUAGCUAAAAUAAAAACUUGAGAAAAA